AUGACCAAGAUCUUAUACACUUGGGGAAAGGGCAAGACAGGUAACACAUGCCAUAAUGGAGAGAAGAAGAUACCAACACCUCCAUCUGUCUUGGUCUCGUUGAAUCUCAAUCAGCUGUCAUUGGGCUGCAAUCACUCGGCGGCGAUUGUUAAUGGCGAGUGCUUGAUGUGGGGCGAGGUGAUGGGCCGUCGACAUACAACUCUGUUCAAGAUCGUCUGGAAAAAGACGGUCAUCAGUGUGUCGUGUGGCACCAAUCACACACUGCUGCUCACGGAUGACACACGAGUGUUCUCCAUGGGACUCAAUGGCGCGGGACAGCUGGGUGUCGACAUCAUAGACUCGGCAGUGCCGCUGCCAAUCAACGUACUCAAUCGCGUCAAGGUGACACAGAUCGUCGCCGGCAAUCAGAUCUCGGCAGCAAUCACAGCCAAUGGACAGUUAUACACAUGGGGCACAGCGCGAUACGGACAGCUGGCCAACGGACGUCGAGGCGAAAAGCAUCAAUCCACCCCUACCAUCGUGUUGAUGCCAAUCGAUUCAGCACCAUCCGAGCAUAUACAAUGGAAGAAGGUGGCCUUUGGCGAGCAACACACAGUGGCGCUGGCGGCCUCGAAUGCCGUCUAUGCCUGGGGCAUGAACGGUCGCGGCCAGCUCGGUCUGGGCCAUUGCAACGACAAGCUGGUGCCCGUCAAGCUCAACGACUUUAGCAAUGGUAGUGGCAUCAAGGACGUGACGGCGGGCGGAUACCACUCAGCUGCGCUGACAACAGAUGGAUACAUUCUUCACGUGGGGAGCCAACUCGCACGGUCAGCUUGGCAUUGGUGA